ACUCAACAGCUGUUUAAUGUUUACAAAAUAAAUAAAGCUAGUUGCCGGGCGGGAACAGUUUUGUGUUGUGCAAGCAUUUUUGGACAAAUUCUUAACAAAAAUAAAAUAAAAGAUGUCUUCAGUUUUAGCCUUAAGGCAGCUUGGAAAUUCAUUAAAAUAUUCUUCAACAGUGAAAAACUAUGGAAAUCUGUUAAGGAAUUCGCCAUUACAAAUACCCUUAGCACAAUGUAUGGCAACAAAAGUUAAUAGUAAAACAACAAAUACUCCUGCUUUCCAGGAUGAAUGGCGGAUUAUUUAUCGUUUACCUCUCAUACGUUUAGCCUCCGCUUUCAAUCGCGUCAAAAUACCCUAUGGAAUACUAAAUGGUCUUACCAUACCGGCUGCUUUUGCUUUGGAACAGGCCUCACAGCUUCCACCCACUACGGCUAUGCUUAUAAGUGCUGUUGGUCUAACCAGCUGGUGUACAUUGGCCAUUAGUAGUCUAUUCGUGCGCAAUCUAAUUGGUAUUAUCUAUGUAAAUGACAGUAAUGAUAAAAUGAAAUUGGCCUAUGUCGACUAUUGGGGUAAGAGGCAUGAUGUUUGUUUUAACGUGGAUGAUGUUAUACCAGAGUCGGAGAAAUCAAGACCCGCUAAAUUUGAUUUCUAUCAAUCGUUACGUUUGUAUAGUGAUGACAAAGUGAAUUAUAAAUUAUUGCAGAGAUUUGGUAGUAUUGAGGAUCCGGAGACAUUUGUUACGAUAUUUGGAGAGUAAAUACGUUUUUGUUAUUGUUUUAUGAAGUUUGCAAUAAAAGUGUGAUUAUAUUAAUAAACAUAA